AGCGAGGAUCAAGUUUGGUUGCCGCCCCAGGAGAAUAUAUAAAGCGACGGGGCGGCACUGCAGUGUUACUCUUGCCGGUGCUGUGACAAUGGAGAGGCGAUCCGUGCUCCUGCUGGUGGGGGUGGUGGUGGUGGUGGCGCUGGCUGGCAGUGUGGGUGCCUCUUGCCCCGAUGGCUUCCAGCUGUUUCCGCACGGCGCCUGCGUGAAGCUGUUCACCUGGGGGAGUAGUCAGUUCUUCCCAAGUUGGGAUGGGGCGAGCGAGGACUGCAAGAAGGAAGGUGGUCAACUGAUCACUCUCGACACCCCAGAGAAGAUACAGCAAUUCUCGACCCACAUAUUCGGCCUGGGGGGCUCCUGGGACGGUUACCCUUUCUGUGUCGGUGCAAGGAAGACGGAGUCAGGCUGGCGCUGGCUCAGUGGAGCAAAGCUGUCCUCUGAUUCACACGUGUGGCUCCCAAGUCAACCAGCAGAAUCAGCUACCCACGCACAGCUCGUCCCCAUGAGCAGCCACCCGCGCCACUACCUCACUUCCUCUAUUGGCUGCCGGGCUGCCGCGUGUGAGAAAAAACCGUAACAAAGGACAAGAUUCUGAAACACUUCUGGCCGCACGUCAGCUACUUUCAAAAGGCUCUAGCUGAAAUGACGAAAUAACGCGGAUUUUUAUGGGAGUCUUUAAGGUUCUAGUGAGAAAUUAACAAGGCUUGUACAUUAUGAACGGGAGAAACACUCUUGAGAACCCGGCCAAUUAUCUUUGUGGCCCUUGAAGAUAGUGAGAGAGCAAAGCGUUGGUGAAUGCCGGCUGAAGUCGACUUGCUGGGAAUGUUUUGACAUGAGCAAUGUGUGUGUUGCCUCAGCAGUGUUUGGGAUGGAGGUCCGUGUAAUGAGUGCUGUUGGACAUUGCGGACGAAGAAUUGUUGCGUGUGUGUAGCCAAUAAACGUUUCUAUAUAUCUA